UCAAAAAUGGAGAACUACGAUGAGGAAUUUGCCAUGAUGGUCAAGCAAUUCCGGAAGUUCAAAAAGUUCUUCAAGAAAGCUGACUCAGUCAGAAGGCCAUCCAAGGGAAAGCCACAGGUAAGUGACUCUCCUCCUGAAUCUUAUUUGUGUUACAAUUGCAGGAAGCCUGGCCACUGGAAGUCAGCGUGCCCGUACCCAAAAGUGGAGAAGUACGGAGAAAGAGAAAGGAUCGAGAAGAAAAAGAAAGCAAUGGUUGCUGCUGAAAGUGACGAGUCAUCCAGCUCAAGCUCGGAUGAAGAAGCCCUCGUCUGCAUGCAGCGCAGAGUUGUAAAGUCCAACCAUGAGGAUAGGUGGACUAUGUCAGAAGAUGACACUCUCUGCCUAAUGGCCAAAGAUGAUGCUGAUCAAGAGGUAACCUCACAAACCUCCUGCUCAUCUUCUUAUGAAAGCAUACCAACUUCUGAAAAUCUUUUUGACCAGUUCAAAAAGAUGAUGAAAGAUUUUGAGGAAAUAAAUCUCAAACAUUCUUCCUUAACAGAGGAGAACAAACUAUUGAGUGAAGAGAAUCUCAAGUUGACUGAAGGUCGGAAAAGUCAACUGGAUGAGAUCACUCAACUCAAGACUGAAAAUGAAUCUCUCUCUGAAAAGGUGAAAUCCCUUAACAAAGAACUAGGGACUCUUAAGUCCAAAGAAGCAGUGGAUAAGCUUCUUGAAGCGACCAAACAUAAGGGUCGUGAAGGACUUGGGUUUGACCCCUCCAAUUCUAAAAGGAAAGGGAAAACAACUUUCAUCCCUCCUAAACCUACUGCUAAACCAAAUAAGCAGAAAGGGAAGGAAAAGGAAAAACCAACAGAAGUUCCCAAAAAGGUAGUCCCUCCUAAGAACUAUAGGAAGCUGGACAGACCUCAAAAAGGAAAUAAUUUCAGAAGAAAACCUUCUAACCCCCAUUAUACACGAGGCUAUACCCAUUAUGGGGUAGACAGGAGUUUUCCAAGAAAUUCUGAGUGGAGAACUAUGCCAAGAUAUAGUCACCCUCCACCCCAGAAGCUAUUUGUGCCACCUAAGUAUGCUUAUAACCGACACAGGACACACUAUCACUACGUCAAAAACAGAUGCUGACAAUUGUUCUUUUUAGUAGUCUAACUGUGCUAGUUUCAGUAGUCUUCCGAGCAGCUGUCUGAUAUAUUUACAGACUACUGUCUAAAAACAAUUGUGUAAUACGGUUGACAACACCUAUUUUGUGAUGUUUCAGAGUACAUGUUUUUGAAGUUGUCCUCGUAUGAGUAAGACAUCUGUUUUCUGAAGUUAAAGACAACUGUGACGUUUUGUUGUCUAUCUAUAAUGAAUAUUACUAUUGUUU